AUGGUUUUCUUUCCAAACCAAUACGCUGCAUACAGCAACUCUGAUACCCUACAAAGAAGAGAAGCAAUGCGUCCUCAAAUGUCGUCAAUCGAUUCGAAUACACCGGUCAAUAUGCUUCAAUUCUUACAGCCAAGCCAAAUGGCAUCCAGUGCCAGCCUUCUUGCAUUCGUGAAAGAGAAUAACGCAACAUUGAAUUUCCCACAAAAGCUUAUGCUUCUAUUGUCGUAUGUUGAUAACGAACGAGACAGGGGAAAUCACAUUACCUGCAUCUCGUGGGUCCGCGAUGGCCAUGCAUUCGUAAUCAAGGACAGACAAGAGCUUGUUGACAGUCUUUUACCUCUUUUCUUCAGAGAAGGAAAGUUCUCUUCCUUCACCCGCAAGCUCUAUCGCUGGGGCUUUCGACAGAUAUGCAUCCCCAAAGGAGGCACAAAGAAGGACCGAGACCUGAUGUUUGGACACGAAGACUUUCAGCGGGAUAACAAGUCUCUGAUGACUGAAAUGAGAAGUGUCACUGCCGCUGGAACCAGAAGAGCUAUCACCGCUCUCACUAGCAAGAAGAAGGCAAAGAAGAACAAGGACAAGGAUGCAACCCAAAAGCCAUCACCUGUCUUUAUUCCUGCCCCAGCGGCUCCAACUCAAAAGGUUGAGAACACAAUAAACCUGGAGAGGUUCAGUCCCACCGAAGAGCUCAAGCCACAGAACCUCGUACAAGUGCAUCUAGAACGGUUGUUGGGUGGCUCUUACAAUCCUGCCAAGCCAGCGACUGCAAAGCCACAAAGUCCUCCUAUCCAGACUCCUAGUCUGGUACAAAACUCUACUCAGAGUGCUCUUGGUGCUCUGCUAGGAGAGACGAAUAAAAGCGAGGAGCUAAAGUCCCAAAGCCUUGUACAAGCUCAUCUAGAAAGACUGCUUGGUGGCUCGAAUACUUCUGCUACCAAGCAAGCCAAUACAAUGCCACGAACUUCUUUCCAGACCCCUGGUCUUGGACAACAAAACUCUACUCCGAGUGGAUUUGAUGCCAUUCUAAAGGCCAAGUCGCACUCUCUCAUGCCUCCACCCGUACAAAACAAGUUCUUGGGCCUCAGCGAUAACACUCAACUUCAAGCCCAAGUCAAUUACCUCAAGGCAAUGUCCCAAUCCUCGAUGGCUGCUCAAUCACCCAUGCAACCAUCCAUGUCCUUUGACGUUGGUGCAAGACUCCAAGCGCUUCGGCAAAUGGGUGCUUCCAAACAAGCUGGAGCGCAGCAGAGAAUCACCAUUCCUGAUGCUCUCCGGCAAUCCCAAUCCAAUCUGUCGCAAACUCGCAAUGCUGCCAGCAUAGGUUUGCCCAAGAGCUAUCUUGAUUUGAUACAAGGUAGCGGUACCUUUGUUGGAUCAGCCAGUGUCCCCAAUCGUGUCCCCAUGCCCAACCUGAUCCAGCCAGAAUUGUCGGCACCAGCGCCCAGUUCCGUAGUUGCGCAUUUGCAACAACGCUUGUCGAGUAACGGCCAUUACGCCAAGCAGCAACAGUGGCGUUAA